AUGACUAUGAUAAACAAAAUCCCAGGAGUGCCAACACCGAUCAAAGAGGCCAUCCCAGACAGCUAUGCCGACUCACCAUAUGCUGACCCUAUUGAUGCAAUCGACAUCCCGAAACGAUUCAGCCCACCCAACAUGCCCAUGUAUGACGGGACGACCGAUCCAAGGGAACAUAUCUUGACCUACAAGCAGCGGAUGAUUACCAUUCCAGUCCCCAAACACAUGAGGGAAGCCAGCAUUUGUAAGGGGUUCGGUUCGACACUGGUUGGACCCGCCUUGAAGUGGUUAACCAGCCUUCCAAAUGGAUGCAUCACCUCUUUUUCUCAUCUCGACAACAUGUUUAAUCAGCAGUUCGCCAGCAGCAGGUGCCUGGAGAAGCAGACGAGCGACCUGUACCGUGUGAUCCAACGCCCUUACAAACCCCUGAAGGAUUAUAUAGACCGGUUUAUCAGGGAGAAGGUGACUAUACCUGAGUGUGAUGUCCCGGCAGCAAUCAAAGCGUUCAGACAAGGAUUGUACGGAGAAACCGACCUUUGGAGGGAUCUGAUUAAAUACCCCUUCAAAACGUUUGAAGAUGCUCAAGCCAAAGCAAUGGCCCAAGUUAGGUUGGAAGAAACUCUCUAUUCUCGGAAAGGGGGUAAUGACUACUCAAAGACGGAAAGACGACUUCCCUAUUCCAAGAGAAGAAAUGAUCGUCCUGCCCCUUAUUCCCAACCUCAACACGUAGCAGUGGUGGAAGACGACGAUGACUCCGACUAG